AGCACAUGCCCGAGCCCUUGCGGAUGAUUAUCGUCGGCGAGUCAGGCGCUAACGGCGGGCUAGGGUGUUCGUUCCUGUUCUUGCUCCUAUACCUAGUCCAGCAUUCCCGGGAUGACGCAGGAAGUCGGGCGGGUAGUACGCUCCUGGCCUUUCUCUCCGCCACGUUGGGACGCGAGGUCUUGCUUAGCAUCGCAUAUGGGGGAAGUCUUGCCUACCUCGGCGACGUCAUGGGUGCGCGGGGCGAUGCAUUUCUCCUAGUGUAGCGACCGCUCUGCCUUGGUCUCAAACGUGUUCUGGCAGUGGGCGCUAGUGGCCUGCCGCUACACGGCAAAAAAGUCGGCGUCCGCCGGGCUGGAGGGGCGGCUGCUGAUCUUGGGAAGACUUCAGAAACCUCUCAAGGCUCUCAAAUCUGUUGUGAAUUUCGAGAAGGCCGUCGGCGAGCGUGUGAUGGGCUUCUAUGCCCUCAUUGUAGGCGUCACAAAGGUUGUCGUGGACGGUGGCCAGGUUAUUGUAGGCGUUGGUGUUGCCUUCGCAAGCUUGCGCGAGGUGAUCUGCGAUGCCCUGGUGUGUGUCCAGCCUCUUGCUAGUUGCCAAAUUUCUCUGGUCUGGUAGG